CAGAGACUGCAGCAAAAUACAAUGUAUACUAUUCCGCGGUUGAUGACAUGAGGACCCAUCUGGCAACCCACAUGCCAGAGGAAUCACCCAACAGUCUGACGUGGAUUCUUCUACAUGUUAGCAAAGUAGCGAUAAAUAGGUUUGUUGUAUGCGUCAACUGGAACAGUACUGAUGAUGAACUCUGAGACUAAGUGAAUGGAGAUGAAUGGCUCGUGGGCUGACAUGGGUUUUCACAGCACGAGGAGUCUACCCGGAAUUGUAAGUGGUCGGAAAAUGUAGUCGUUACAUCAGCAGUUGAAUUUCGUUCACUUCAACAAAACAGCGGACUCUUGGGACACCGACUCCGAGUGCAAGUGAAUCUAAUAAAUUCUGAAUAGAUCUAGCGACCGAGUAGAUAACUUCUCGGUGCGAAGCUAGUGGAAGCUUGGCUUGUACUCAAGACGUAGACGACCACACGGGGCUUUACUUCUGGGGCAGUUGUGUGCGUGUCAAAAAUCAGCACCUGGAAAGGUCUGGAAUUCAUUUCCAAAUACCUUUCUCGUUGCGCACGAUGAUAUGGCGUCCGUGUGUUGUCUUCAGAUGCAGCACGGAAGGGAUACGAGAAGAGAAGGUGUAAUGCGAUUUCACAGCCGAAAAUUGGAUGAGCCAGCUUCGCUCGUGACCGGUGUGCUCAAUCAAGAGGGCGAUGUCUGUUGCAGUCUUAUCUUCGGAUUCUAUGAACACAGGGAAUUCAAAUGACAUAGCUCUUUCCUGGCUCGACAUUAAACUCGUGUCAUCCAAUCAGCACAAACUACCGAUUCGGCAACCUUGAAACACUCUAUGAGGUAGUUUAGACGGAUCCUCCAUUCCAGUCCCACGACGAUGUACUUACAUGAUAUUGU